CCUAAACACUGUUAGUAGAGGUUUAGGGUUUCGUCAAUUUAAGGUUUUCGAAAGUUUGGGUUUCGGGUCUAGAAAGUGCAUGUCACGCGUCUGCAACUUGAGAUUGUGAAGCGUAGGGUUUGUGAAUUGGGGUUUCUGCAGCGUGGGUGUGCAAAGCGCUGAAAUUUAUGGUUUCUUUCCACAGCUAAUAAAUGCAAGUUGGGGUUAUCGGAAUUUCAUCAAUAAUACUGCUUGCAUUCAGGGUCUCUGCAAUUUAGGGUUUCCGUGGCUCAGUGAAUCGGCAACCUUGGGACGCUGCGUCAUCAGGGUUUUGCAAAUUUGGGCUUCUUGGCUCCAGUGGUUUUUGAAAUUUUGUUCAGGGUCUCUACAAUUCAGGGCUUUUUCAACUCAGGCUUUCCGCAAGUUAGGCCUUCCAUCAAUGGCUGAGCAUUUGGCUUCAAUAUUUGGUACAGAGAAGGACAGGGUUAACUGCCCCUUCUAUUUCAAGAUUGGAGCUUGCAGGCAUGGUGAUCGAUGUUCUCGUCUUCAUAAUCGCCCAACCAUAAGCCCCACUCUCCUUCUCUCUAACAUGUAUCAGAGACCCGACAUGAUGACACCAGGUGUUGAUCCCCAAGGCCAAGCCAUGGAACCCCAAAAAAUCCAAGAACACUUUGAAGAUUUCUAUGAAGACAUAUACGAGGAAUUAAGCAAGUUUGGUGAGAUCGAAAGCCUCAAUGUGUGCGACAAUUUAGCAGAUCACAUGGUGGGUAAUGUCUAUGUUCAGUUCAAAGAAGAGGAGCAAGCAGCUGCCGCUCUGCAAGCUAUGCAAUAUCGAUACUAUUCAGGUCGACCCAUAAUCAUUGAUUUCUCGCCUGUUACUGAUUUUCGAGAAGCGACUUGUAGGCAAUACGAAGAGAACAACUGUAACAGAGGUGGGUAUUGCAAUUUCAUGCAUGUGAAGCAAAUUGGAAGGGAAUUACGGAGAAAGCUGUUCGGAAGGAACAGGAGAUACAGGAGGAGCAGGAGUAGGAGUAGGAGUGUGAGCCCUGGUCACAGGAGGGAAUCAGAGAGAAAGGGCUAUGGGGAUCAUGGUAGAAGGAGCUAUGAUAGAUAUGAUAAGCACGGAAGCCAUGAUAGGCAUGGGAGCUAUGACAAGUAUGAUAGGCAUGGGAGGCAUGACAGGCAUGGAAGGCAUGGGAGUCCAAAGAGAACGAGGAGUCCAGUUCGCGAAGGAAGUGAGGAAAGGAGGGCGAGGAUCGAACAGUGGAACAAGGAGCGAGAGGAGAAUCAUUAAUGCUUUUUUGUUCCUCUUCAAUUGUAUUCUUCAGGGAAGAUGUGAUGAUGAAAAUUGGGUUUUCCCUAUUUGUUGGAAAGACUAAUCUUUUUGAUUUAGAAGGUAGGUUUGAUAUGGAUUUUGAAGUAAUUACUUGGUAUUGUUGUUUCUGGAUCUUUUUGUUCUCAAAUUUUGUCUUUGUGUAUUUUUCUUGAUGUUGUGCCUUGUGGACAUGUUGUUGCGAUGAAUGGGCAUAUGGGUU